AUGCGAAAUGCGAUCAAGGCACACCAGUCCCUCUACGCCAUUGGCGGCGUUCUCCACCGCGACAUCUCGCCAAACAACGUUAUUGUUACGGAGCCUGAAACGGCAGAUGGCUUUGAAGACAUGCUUAUCGACCAAGACUUGGCCGAAGUGAGAGACAACGGCCUGAGCGGAGCGGAACACCGGACUGGCACGAUACCGUUAAUGGCUAUAGAGGUGCUCCGCAAGGCCAGUCACACCUGCCGCCAUUAUCCAGAGUCGUUCUUCUAUGUCCUGCUUUGGGAGAUUGGAACAUUUGAAGAAAUAGCGGACACUAAGGUGGGUAAUAUGACUGAGAACGGACUCAAAGUAAUUAUGCGCCACUUUCCAAGGUCGUUGGAUGCUAUCAAGCCACUAUGUCUGAGGAUCGGGAAUAUCCUCUUCCCCAUCGAGAAUAGAAGGAUAAAAGUCGGAACCCGCGCAGGAGACCCAGACCAACUUUACGGACCCAUCAUAGCAGCAUAUGACGGCGCUAUCAGCGGUCUAUCAAGUACAAGCAUGUGA